GCUACUCUAUGGCAUUUUGGAAAUGUUUAGUCCUUAGUGUGGGGUUAGGAAAGUAACACUACUAGCUCCUUCCUGUAGGUGGGUGGACAAGGCGAGAGUAUGCCUACAGGAAGGCUACUAAUACAUGUUGCUUUCUCUUUACGGUGAGCUUGAAUACAACAUACCAUGCAAUGCAUGAAACGGAGAAGGAAGAAAAGAAAUCAGGAUAAUAACGCAUUAAGAGGUAGCCUUGAAAAGAAAAGAAAACUUCUGCGAUGUUUAACACAAGCUCAGUACAACAGGAUUUGCCAUCCAAUGGAACAUUACCACAAAACUUGGAGAGACUGCAUUUGAUUUUGAUAACACUAUAUAGUAUCAAUCUGGCAGGGGGCAUUGCAGGAGUAAUUGUGAUGGCCCGUCAACUGUUUCAAAGGAAUAUACGAUCUAUGACGACCAUCAUUAUCAUCAAUCUCAUGGUGGUACAUUCAAUUCUCUUACUCAGCCUUCCUUUCCGCCUUACCUAUUACAUUUCAUCUGAAUGGAAAUUCGGGUGGUUCACCUGCAAAAUGUUUAGUGCCAUGAUCUACGCCCACAUGUACAUCACCUUCAUUUUCUAUGUAGCUAUUAUUAUAAUACGCCUCUUGAGACUGGAAUUUCAGCGGUGGUACACUAAAACCUGGAUUACUGCUGUCUGGUUUGUGGGAACUUUGGUUAUCUUCCCUAUUUUUUUGUCAUAUUAUGGCACCUCCAAAAACUAUAACCAUUCUAAAUGCUUUCAGUUCCACAGAGAUAUUCAGGAGCAGGGUAUGAUGAUAGCAAACUACUGCAUGAUUGGUAUUAUUGUGGCAACAGUCUCUGCGCUCUCCAUAAUCCAAUUAGUUACAAUCUUUCAAUUGGCAAUGAAGUAUUGGCCUGACAUGAACUCACAUGUGGAAUUCAGGGCUCAGAUCAAGAGUUUUUUUUUCAUCUUGGUAAUACUAGUCUGCUUUAUACCUCAUCAUGUAUUCAGAAUAUAUUACAUCCAGAAUUUUCCCCCAGAGGAUGACCAUAACCUAUUCCUAUACAAUGAAAUUUUCUUAGCUAUCACAGCACUGUGCUGCUUGGAUAUGUUAUGCUUCAUAGCAGGAAUAGCCCAUUAAACUAUAAACUACUGGUGCAGAAAACCUUGAUUUUGGCUCUUCUUGGAAAUAAGAAAACUACUCAAGAGUUUGCUGAGUUACAAGGAAUACUGACUAUUCCCUAUGAGGAAAACAUUAUUUGGAUUUCUAUAAUUUUCAUUCUUUUGUAGCCCAAGGAGACAGAAGUUGUUGGUUCUCAUUUUCUAUCCUGAGGGUUGAAAAGCCAUGAUGAAUAAGUAUUCUUCUAAGCUUUGAAGUUGCCUAAGUAUAUUGGCUUUGCAGCAACACCAAAUUUCACCAAGAAUUCUCUUUGCUCAUCUCUAAUGACUGCUAAGUAGUCAGCCCUUCUCAUUUACUCAAAAGAGUUUCUCAGUGAAAAUAGCUCACUUUACCCAAUAAAUCUGCUCUCAGAAUUAGCUCACAUUGAGGAUGGUAUAUAAACACAGAACAACCUCUAACUGGCGAAAGGUUAGGAAAAAAUUUUCUCCUGGAGCACAUUACUGCAGAAUUGUCCAUUCUGAGGGUUUUAUACCUUCCCCUGAAGCACUUGAUACUAAAGACCAAAACCAA